AUGCCUUCCAAGAGAAAAAGACAAAAGACCGCCGCCGCCACCACCACCGCCACACGCACGCUAACCCAGGCGGAAAUCUGGGACGACUCGGCCCUCAUUCGGUCCUGGAACGACGCCCUCGCCGAAUACGAAUACUAUCAUAGUAUUCACGCGCGAGGGGAAGACGUGGAGGAGAUCCUCCGGAAAGCUGAAGCGGGUGAACUCGACGAUGGCGACGAUCAGCAGACAAGCGCGGCGUCGAAGUCUAGUCACUCUGAAGAUGGCGCUCCCACAACUGCCGCUGCCCACGGAAUAAAUGGCCGUAUGAAGGGGACUGAUGAGGCCGUGACUCGAGCUGAGACUGCAGAUGGGGUUGGCGACGACGAGGCCGAAGAAGGCGAACUGGUAGAGGAGGAGGAUGAGACCGUUGCCGCAAACGCACGCCGGGGGCCAUUCGCCACAAAGCUGAAUGUCGGUGCCACCGCUACUGCUCCGAUGAUAGGCCCAGGCCAACCACCAGGUCAUGCGGAUAUGAGUCUUCAUCCAGCGGCUACUGAUAACGUAGCGGACGAAAAAGGUCCCCCUAAAUCGGCGGCUCAGGACCAAACGCUCGAAAACAUCAAGAUGGCGUAUUACUGGGCGGGAUACUACUCAGGGCUAUACGACGGGCAGCGCCAGGCUCAAAGCCAGACUCAAUGA